CGGGCCCCGCGCCCCCGCCGCCUGCCCGCGCCUCCAUCCCGCGGGGAGAGGCCCCGCCCCGGGCUCCGAUCGCCGCCAGCCGGGCUCCGCGCUCCGGGCUCCCCAGCGGCGGCAGGGCCCAGCGCGGCCCGCACGUGGCCCCGGCGGCAGGUGGGAAGGUGCCGAGAAGACAGUCUACUGCUGACAGCUCUGUGUUUCCAGGGAAGGGGCAGAAAUUAAAAAUGUCAAAAGUUACUACAGAGCUUCUUUUGGAAAGAGCAGUUCCAAGAUCUACUAGGCUACGAAAGAUUGAGACUCUGAACUUAUCCAAGCUGCAGUUAAAGACUGGAGACUUGGACCCCCGGUUGUUUUCCCGUCUGAGACAUCUGCAAAAUCUCGAUCUCUCUGAUAAUCUGUUGGACAAGCUACCUGCUAAUCUAAGCCUGCCAGACCUGCGUGUCCUAAACUGCAGUAACAACCAACUGGAAGAUGUGACUCUCCUGAAGCAGUUCCCGCUGCUGGAGGAGCUAAACUAUGAAAACAAUGUGUACCUGACAACCAAUGAUGACUAUAAGGUCAUGUUUCUUUUACAAAAUCUUCGGCUACUCAAUGGCAAGGAUAUCACCAAAUUAGCUAAUCACGUGAGAGUUGUCAACAGCCGAGAGCUGACCAGCAAGGUCACAGCUCACUGGGAAAGGCACUUCCGAAGCCAACUCCCUGAGAAGUAUUCAGUCGAGCAUGUGAAGUUCAUCAGGAAAAAGUUUCUGAAGUCUGCACAAACCCACGUCAUAUACGGACCCAGCUCCCUCGGUGAAUUUACCCGAUGGAGGGUGAAAAUGAUUGCAGAGGAGUUGCUGGCAUCCAUGGUGGGACAGGAAGAGAACACAAAUCCUGAAACACAAGAAAGGGUGGAAGAUAAUGAGGAGGCGACUACAGAAAACCCCAGGGAGGUGGGAGAUGAUGAUAUUGCGCAGGUCACAUUAGUCCCCAGCAAGAGAAGAGGGAAUCACUCAACAGCGGGGUCUGCGAGCAAAAGGCCACGGUCCCAGUGUAACACUGAGGAGGAAGUGGUGCUUAGUCCCAGAAAGUCCAGCCAUUCACAGGAUGAGCCGACUCCCGAUAGACCAAGAGCAUCGAGCCAACAGACCAAGGUGGCCGAAGAGACUCACAGGAAUGGAGAACAGCCUCCCAAAGGACAAAGCCACAGAAGAUCCAGCCAGUUGACAGAGGAGCAGAAAAGCCAGGAACAGGACAAAAGGGUUCUGACCAUAACCCCGGUCAAGAACCUAGAAGACAAGGAAGUUAUCAGUUUGGAGCCAUUGCAUUUUCUUCAGUGUCACAGUAAAGGCAACAGCCGGGAGGAUUUUAAAACGCAGCUCUGGUCCUGUGUCUUCGAGCCGCCAUUGGAUUCUGGAGCGAGGAAAGACCCUGUAGUGAGCACCUCCAGAACCAUGGCCACAUGUGGAGGGGAAUCGGUUUGUCUUAUCGACUGUGAGACCGGAAUCGUGCUGAAGAAGUAUAAAGUUCCUGCGGAGGAGUUUUUCACUGUUGCAUGGACAACUCUGACCAUGGUAACUAAUGACGGUCGGAAAAAAAAACAUAAUAUCCUGGCUGCAGCCGGAAGAAGAGGAAUUGUAAAGCUGAUUCAUGUAUCGGCUGAUUUCUGCUAUGGAGAGAUUAAGGCUCACAAAAAGCCCAUUGCUACAGCCUGCUUCAGCCCAAGCUGCGAGACACACCUCUUUACUGCAUCCUAUGACAAAAGAAUUGGCCUCUGGGAUAUUGGGGUUCCGGAUUGUGACUACAACUUCAAAGCAAGCCAACUGCUGGUGCUGGAAGUUGCCUCUAUUCCAUUACGCAUUGCCCUGGUCCCAUCCUGCCCAGAUCAGUUCCUGCUGGCUGGCUGUGAAGAAGGUUGUUUUGCUUGGGAUAUUAGACUGGACAAGCCACAGAAGAGCAGGCCUUUUGAAGUGGCGUUCCAGUUUCCUAAUGAUGAGGGAGAAGCAACAGCUUCCCACAGAGUGGAUGGAUUGGCUUUUUUGAACAAGGAUGUUGUGGUUUCUAAGAGUUCUAAGACAGGGUCUAUCUACUUAUGGAGCUGGAGUCAGUCUUUUGAGGCACAGGGGAAAUCAUGUCAGAGAACACGACCUGCGCUUAUUCUAGCGGAACUGGAGUGGUCUACAACAGACCUGCCCUACCUUACCCUCAGCACCUGUCCAGCAGCAGAGUAUGUGUUCUGUGGCGAUGAAAAGGGAAGUGUGUGGAUGUACAAUCUCAGCAAGCACUCUUCAGCCUGGAGGGCCUCCAAGGGAAAACGCUCAAAGAACAGAAUAGCUCCCACACAGAUUCUUGAGUGGCCAGAGCUUCGAGCAAAUGGGGAGCUGCUGACUGAAGUCUUAAUAAACAACGUGGUGACAGACCCUACUUUCACUUACCUUAUUGCUUUAACUGGCGUCAAUAUAGCAGCGGUAUGGAAGAAAACAUAGCUUGUUCUUUAUGGAAAAUUUCAUUCCUGUGAUGUUUUGAAAUAGUGCAGUAUUAGUGAUUGUUUCCAAGAGUAACCAUGAAGUUUUCUAAACCAGCCCUUAUCAUGCAAGAGAGAAAAACGCAAAGGGACUUGGCGCACAUGCUGUCAUUGACAAUACCCAGCUUCUUUUACUGUGAGUUUUCACAAUUUGUGUAUUUGUUUUAUAGAAAUAUGAAACUUAAUAAAAUGUAAUACCUGGUAACUUGGGAGUGAAGAGAUGACUUAUGGGGAUGGGAGGGAAUGCUGCCAGAGAUCUAGGAGGGGCAUUGCUCAGCAGUUAAUCAUGUUCUGGAAGUACAGUUUCCAAGCCCAGUACUACAUGGUGAAAAAACUGUCACUUUAACUUGCUCCAAAGACAAAAUAACGUGGAGACUACCCAGCUGUUAUCUUACCUCUUUAUAAGAGUAAUCAAAGGCUCUACACUCAUUGUGGAAGUCUCACACACAGCUUUGAAAAAAGUUUAAUAGCUCAAAUAAUCUUACCUGCAAAUAGUCUGCCCACAGAAAGCAGCAUUGUGAGUUCUGUACAGGAUAAAUUAAUAGUGGGAGCCCUAAAUUCAUAAUUUUUAGUUAGAGACAUUAAUUCUUAGUGAAAGUUUUAAAUAAUCCUUAAAGAACUUGUUCAAUGAAGUAGUCACAUCCACUAUCAUGAAAACAAACAUAACACAAUCCAGGUAAAAAAAAAUAAAAGUCCACUUGAAGCUUCAUGUUUCUAUUCAAUUCCUUCUUGUUUAUCUUUGAUAGCAACCUGUAAAAGAAACAGAACCUGUUUUAAAGGAAUUCUGUAUCAGAAAGUGAUCUCAUUUAUUUAAUCUCUAAAUAAUUUGAGAUUAAAGAGAUGACUUUGUAUAAGAAUCUAUGAUUAAAUAUUGUUUAAAUCAGCAGCAGAAAUAUGUGCAUCGCCUGCUGCAAAACAGGUACUGUUCUGAGGGAGAACGUAUAUUCAUACAUUUCCCUUCCAGUAAUUAAUAAAAAGUAAGGCAUUUACAUGAGAAGAGGAAAACUUUCAAAGGAUUUCGUGUGUGUCAACUGCUUUAUUCUUUGAGAUAUCAUUAGUUGCUGUGAUUAUAUUAAAACUGACUAUGAUUCAACUAAGAAACUAGCAAAUAAGAGUGUAUGGACUUCAAUAUAGCUAUAUUGUGAAAUGUUUUUCAGACUAAUGGUAUCUCAAACAAUUUGAAGUUAGACACUGUACAGCAAGGAAUGGAGUAAUUACAAAAGGACACAUAAGUGAAAAGUAUUAUUAAAGAGUUCUUGGCAUGGGAAAAAGAUUCGCAAGGCAGAAUUUUUCAAGUAAGCUGUUCCAGGCAACAGGCUUUCACACUUGUGAAAAGGGAGAGAAACCUAGAGAGACAAGGUGUGUGAGGAGAUCUUGUUCAGUUUAAGUGUCCUGUGGUAACAGCCAAAUUCUGCUCCAGCUUAAUGGAAUUUACACAUGGGUAUUCAGAGCUGAAUUGGGCUGAUCAGAAAAGUUACAUUUUUCAUAUGAAAGCGACAGUUGUAAGGUUAACUGUCGUUUUUAAAACAGGUCACAGUUUCAGAACCUUUCCUCACAUUAGCCAGAGGAACAAGCUUACCCUGAAUCUCUCCUCCAGAAGGGAGAGUUCACUGAUCAGGUCUGUGAUAGCAUUGGUGAAAGCUUCCUGGGGACUGUAAUCAGGAGUGGUCUGAACUCGAAUGAUGAUUUUAUGUUCCAGAGGAUGUGGGACCUUGUAUCCUGCAAACAACACCUGAGGGUCUUUCAGUAAUUGCCUGAAAUGGGAAGGGGUGGGGAGGGAAGCAUUUAGAGGGUACAAGACAGAUGACAAACAGUUUAGCUGCAAAAUUUCUGUAAGAUCCCAAGCAUGAAGUUGGGUCUGCCACAUAUCACACCUUUCUAACAGGCUAAUUCAAUCCUUGGAGAAUUUUUCCAUAAAGAUUUUUUUUGCGGGCUAGAGGAAAUGUUACGUCCAUGCCAAUCUCACCUUGAGAGCAAGCUUUAUCUUAUCCUAAUAAGACGCAGUACAUGCAUUUCAUAAAACCACGGCACAUUUUGGCAGCAUUGACAGUUCCUACCUUAGAGAUCCAGGCCUGGAACAGCAGGGGUAAUGGGAAAUGCUUGGCAAGUACUGGCAGAGCAUCUAAUAGCAAGAACUGAGCAGUGGUGUUCGUGUGAACGAAGCACCAGGGUGUAACUAGAAUCAUUUUCAGCAAAAAUCUAUGCAGAAGAGCUAUCAAAAGCACACUUCAAUAAUCUGAUGCAGAGAGCCCAAGGCAGCAGUAUUUACUCCUAACACUGGAGGCCACAUGCUGCUGUCCUGAGCUUAUAAAUUACAGAAGGGACUUGCGCAAAAGACCUACUGCAUCACCAGCUAUGAAUGGAUUAGCUCCUGCCAUGUCCAACCUUGUGAAGUCAACCUGGUUUAGCCCUGGAGAUUCUUGAAUUUCCUACAUUGUUAAAUGAACAGUUUCUUGCUUCACUAGAAUCAGUGUGUAUUGCUACAAUGCUAAUUUGUAAUUUAUAAAAAUAAAAGUAGGCAUUUGCACCUUUGC